AAAGUGGAAAAAUAUUAUGCUUUUGAGAUUCCGGAUGUUCCAGCAAAAUCUGAAUACUUAGAAGUUAAAUAUUCGGCUGAAUGCCCUCGACUUCCCCAAGAUCUGAAAGGACAAACAUUUUCACACGUAUUUGGAACUAACACGUCUAGCCUGGAACUUCUCUUGAUGAGUAGGAAGAUCAAAGGACCGUGCUGGCUGGAAAUAAGAAAUCCACAGCCUUCCAGUCAGUCAGUCAGCUGGUGCAAGGUGGAGGCUGUGGCCGUGAAGCCUGGCUUGGUGAACGUGGUUAAAGAUCUUUCUUCUGCUCCUCCUCCUCUCGUCGUCAUGUCCCUCAGCAUGAAGUCCACUCAGAACCCAAAGACUCAUCAGAAUGAGAUUGUGGCUGUUGCAGCUCUGAUUCAUCAGAAAUUUCCUUUGGAUAAGGCUCCACCUCAGCCUCCUUUUCAGACACACUUCUGUGUUGUUUCCAAACCAAACGAUUGCAUUUUUCCUUAUGACUUCAAAGAAGCUAUUAAAAAGAAGAAUGCUAAAAUAGAAAUUGCUGCAACAGAGAGAACACUGCUGGGAUUUUUCCUUGCGAAGGUUCACAAAAUUGACCCAGAUGUUGUUGUGGGUCAUAAUAUUUAUGGAUUUGAUCUGGAAGUGCUGCUUCAAAGAAUUAAUGUGUGCAAAGUCCCUCACUGGUCCAAGAUAGGUCGACUGAGGAGGUCCAAUAUGCCAAAGCUUGGGGGUCGAGGAGGGUUUGCUGAAAGGAAUGCUGCCUGUGGUCGAAUGAUCUGUGAUGUAGAAAUUUCUGCUAAAGAAUUAAUUCGUUGCAAAAGUUACCAUUUGUCUGAACUGGUCCGUCAGAUUUUGAAAACAGAGAGGAUAACAAUUCUACCAGAGGAAAUUCGAAAUAUGUACAGUGAUUCUCCUCACUUAAUGUUCAUGCUGGAAAACACCUGGACAGAUGCCAAGUUCAUUCUCCAGAUCAUGUGUGAGCUGAAUGUUCUGCCACUGGCCCUUCAAAUAACAAACAUCUCUGGGAAUGUCAUGUCGAGGACAAUGAUGGGUGGACGAUCUGAACGUAAUGAAUUCUUGCUGCUACAUGCGUUUCAUGAAAAAGACUACAUAGUGCCGGACAAACAAGUUUUUAAAAAGCCUCUGCAGAAGCUGGUGGAUGAAGAUGAAGAUUUUGAAGAUCAGAAUAAAUCAAAGAUAGGGAAAAAGAAAGCAGCAUAUGCUGGGGGCUUAGUCUUGGAUCCCAAAGUCGGUUUUUAUGACAAGUUUAUUUUGCUUCUCGACUUCAACAGCUUGUACCCAUCAAUUAUUCAGGAGUUUAACAUCUGCUUUACCACAGUGCAGCGACUGUCAUCAGAAGCACAGAAAAGGGCAGAGGUCGAAGAAGAGGAAGAAAUUCCAGAGCUUCCGGACCCAUCUCUGGAAAUGGGAGUUUUGCCUAAAGAAAUCAGGAAACUGGUGGAGAGAAGGCGCCAAGUUAAGCAGUUAAUGAAACAGCCAGAUUUAAAUCCUGACCUUUAUUUACAGUAUGAUAUCAGACAGAAAGCUUUGAAACUCACUGCUAACAGUAUGUAUGGCUGCCUGGGAUUUUCCUACAGCAGAUUCUAUGCCAAGCCUUUGGCUGCUUUGGUGACGCAUAAAGGAAGAGAGUUACGAGAUAAUGGUGCAUGUAACUGCCGUAUUCCUGCAUUAUGUUCCAAAGCGAUGGUGGAAUGGGAAAACCCUAAAUAUGUGGUACAGGAUGUGUUAGGGAGCGCUUCGGGACUCUCUCUUACAUAG